AUGUCCUCGAAGAGGUUUCGCCUGCUGCGGAGGACACUGCAUUUCAACGACAACUCACGAGCAGGUGGCAGCGUUGAUCGCUUUUUCAAGAUACGACCGCUCUUCAGCUUCAUCAACACAUCGUUCCAGAGCGUGCCCCAAACCAGCAAGCAGUCCAUCGACGAGGUGAUGGUGGGCUACAAGGGCAAGACCGCGGGCAAUCUGAGGCAAUACAUCAGGAACAAGCCAGACAAGUGGGGAUUCAAGCUGUUCUCCAGAGCCUCCGAGGAUGGGUUCGUCCAUGACAUGGUGCUGUAUCAAGGCAAGACGACUCUGCAGAGCCAUGGUGUUACCAUGACCUCAGCAGAAGAAGCCAUGGGAGUCACCAGCCAGAUAGUCGCUGCCCUGGUCAGCACCAUGAACUUGUCAUCAACCACUGUCGUCUUCGCGGACAACUACUUCACGAGCUUGGAGCUCGUGAGGUACCUGCAGGGGAAGGGCUGCAGGUACACAGGAACUGCGCGAGACAACAGGAUCGGCAAGCCUCCCCUGAAGUCAGUGAAGGACAUGGAGAAGAAGAGCGUCCCCCGUGGCAGCAUUGACUACGUCACAAGUGAUGACGGUAUUCUGGCAGUCCGGUGGAAGGACAACAAGGUCGUGACAAUGCUGUCCACUGACCUGGGGGUGGAGCCAGUGACUACCUGCCAGAGGUACAGCAAUGAAACAAAGAAGAAGGAUGAUGUUCCCUGCCCAGAAGUGAUAAAGAGCUACAACGCCAACAUGGGGGGAAUCGACAAGAGUGACAUGCUGAUCCACCUGUACAGAACACCGAUGAAGUCGAAAAGGUGGUAUAUGCGGCUCUUCGCAUACGUGAUUGACAUCUGUCUCACCAAUGCCUUACUCCUAUACCGCUGA